AUGUAUGAUAAAAGAACAAUUGCAGAGCCGGACAAUAAAAAAGAAGCCAAGCGUAACAGGAACUUCGAGACUCCAAUUGACGGUAGCGAAAUGGCUUCGUCCCCAGUGCACGCCGGCAGUCCUACAUCGAUUCUGAAGCAUACAAAAAUCAAGCUCAAUUCGAUCUACACGACUGCACCCAUGAUGCCAACACUGAGUGAAAAUCUGCUGCAAAGGGAGGUGUUUGACUACGACUUUAGUCGCGAGCGUGUUUUCUUGGAGAUCGCAGAGGCCGAACUCGCUGCGAAGCAAAAGGCUGAGGAGGAAGAGAAGGUAGCUGUUGCAGAGGGCACACAGGACGGGUCAGACGAUGAGCUUGUCCGACAGGGCGCAAAUCUGUCACUGUCGAGUGGCAUGAGCUCCUCCAGACGUCAAGCCGGCUACUCAAUCAAGCCUCGCAGCUCUAGUGAAGAGGAUGUAGCAGCCGCCAUCUCGGCCUCUCUACGCGAGUACUAA